UCCAUUAGCUUGAAUGUAGAAAUACGAAUGAACCAUGGAUUUAAAGAGUGCUGAAAACACUUUUGACUCAUUUUCCUCUACAGUCACUGGUUGGAUGCUGAUUCUGGCACAAGUCCAAACAACGGAUGCACUUUACACCAAUGAGAGCAUCCAUUUCAACAAUCGGUUCCCCAUAUGGCACAAAGGCCCCUCCUCCAAGCUCCAUCCCGGCAGAGGGUCUCAUUCAUGCUUCAGGACAGCGGUUCACUGCAAGCCUCAUCCUGGCCCUCGGAUCAACUGUUCUGAUCCGGUCUGGUCUCCUGUCAAAGGGAGACUUUUUUCAUCCACACGCAGACAUUUAAAGAAUAUAGUGAAUCGGACUCGCUGCGGACUGUCUGUGGAGUUCAGUGCAGUGAGCAGGUGAUAAUUUUGCGCUCGAGCUGGAGAUUUGCGCUUGGACAAUGCUUGCAAUCAGUGGGGGAGUGUAUUUAUUAUCAUUGUUUGAGCCUUAAAAGAAACUCUGUGUGGAUUUUUUUUAACCGAGACGCCCUUUGAAACAUCACACAGCACCGGUCAUUUAUUCAGUAAAGCUGCGCGCAUUUUGUUUCCCUGUGGCGCUUUGGAGGAGCGCAGAGCCGCGGUGUGUGGACCUUCUGUUGUUUGCCAAAGUGCUUAAGCUCCAACUCAGUUUUUUUCAGCCCCACUAAGUUCCAAAAAAAAGUGCAUCUCACCACCGGGCAGGGCUUAAAUGUUCGGGAUCCAGGAGCAUCUGAUACGAGAAGUGAGCGGAUUAAAAGAGAGAAGUCUUGGAGAGGAGAUGGAUCCAGUCCGGUCGUGGGUGCGUAACGUCGGGGUUGUGGACGCGAACGUCGCGGCGCAAAGUGGAGUCGCUCUGUCAAGAGCUCAUUUUGAGAAGCAGCCUCCCUCCAAUCUCCGCAAGUCCAACUUCUUCCACUUUGUCCUGGCCCUCUACGACAGACAUGGUCAACCUGUGGAGGUGGAGAGGACUUCAUUUGUGGACUUUGUCGAGCAUGACAAGGAGCAGACAGGAGAAAAGACCAACAACGGCACUCACUACAAGCUGCAGCUGCUCUACAGCAACGGGGUUCGCACAGAGCAAGAUCUUUACGCUCGACUCAUCGACUCUGUCACUAAACAGCCUAUAGCAUACGAGGGACAGAACAAGAAUCCAGAAAUGUGCAGAGUCCUGCUCACACACGAGGUUAUGUGCAGCCGCUGUUGCGAGAAAAAGAGCUGUGGCAACCGAAAUGAGACGCCCUCUGACCCAGUCAUCAUUGACAGGUUUUUCUUGAAGUUUUUCCUGAAAUGUAACCAGAAUUGUCUGAAGACGGCUGGAAACCCGAGGGACAUGAGGAGAUUUCAGGUGGUCCUGUCCAGCACGGUGAGUGUGGACGGCCACGUCCUGGCGGUGUCCGACAACAUGUUCGUCCACAACAACUCCAAACACGGCCGGAGAGCCCGCAGACUGGAGCCGGGAGAGUCUGUGGAGAAUUCGAUGGAAUAUGCGACGCCGUGUAUCAAAGCCAUCAGUCCCAGUGAGGGCUGGACCACCGGCGGGGCCAUGGUCAUCGUCAUCGGGGAGAACUUCUUUGACGGGCUGCAGGUGGUGUUUGGCAGCAUGCUGGUGUGGAGUGAGUUGAUCACACCGCACGCCAUCCGUGUCCAAACACCUCCCCGACACAUCCCCGGAGUCGUGGAGGUCACACUCUCGUACAAAUCCAAACAGUUCUGCAAAGGAGCUCCCGGACGCUUCAUCUACACAGCCCUUAACGAGCCAACUAUAGACUACGGCUUCCAGCGUCUUCAGAAGGUCAUUCCUCGACAUCCUGGUGACCCAGAAAAACUAGCCAAGGAGAUCCUCUUAAAAAGAGCUGCAGAUCUUGUAGAAGCGCUGUACGGAAACCCACACAGUAAUCAGGACAUGCUGCUGAAGCGCGCGGCUGACAUCGCCGAGGCCCUCUACAGUGUUCCUCGUCCUCACAGUCAACUGCAGGCGCUGCCAAGUUCACCGGCCCACGGCAGUGUCAUGGGUCUGGGCUCCUACCCCUCUCAGUUAGGUGUGAGCAUUGGGGAGCCAGGACAGAGCAGCCAAGGUUAUAUUCGAAACUCCAGCAGUUUGUCUCCGAGGGGUUACCCAUCAGCCUCCACUCCCCAGCAGACUGGUUAUGGGGGCAGUGGCGGGAUGACUGGAGGCUAUGGGACAGUUCCCAUGACCAGCUUAGGAGUUCCUGGUUCUCCUGGUUUCAGCAGUGCUUCACCCACAGGCUCUCCAUAUAUAAUGCCCUCCAGCCCUACUAUACCAGGAAGCUCCAGCUCCUCGUCUUCUCUCUUGCCUUUCUCCUCCUUCCCGUCUGCUGCUAAACAGAAGAGUGCUUUUGCUCCUGUCCUCAGGCCCCAGGGCUCCCCCUCCCCUGCCUGUCCUGCCUCAGGGGGGAACAGCUUCAGAGGUAGCCACCCAACUCACUAUCUGACCCCCCUGUCUGAACUCACCAAUGCAGUCUAACUCCUCCAUACUAACUCCUCGAAAAGCUUUGACUGAACGAGACAGAGAACACCUGCUGGAUGUACAUUAAUGCAAGACCUGGUUGAUUAGAAUCAUAGAUUUUGUAUAUUUUUUUCUCUCCAGCGAUGACGGGCCUGGUUGUUCCCAUGAUGUAGCAAAGCACCCACCCCAAUCUACCCCAGACCACUGCUUCACUUAGCCCCUCCUUUUGGCACUGAGUGGACAGGGAGAAAGGAAAAAUUGAUCCCUAGUGACUAUGUAUAACCUCCCUCCUGAGCCCCCCC